ACAAUUUGGUCCCAUUUUUUUUAUUGAAUUAGUAAUUGGUCUGAGUGAGAAAGCAACUGCCUGUACCUAGCUAUUAGUAUAUGAAAUAUAAUCCUAUGUUAAUGAUUCACGAUCACAAUGAUACAUGAUGGUAGAGAGAGGAACUUAAUGAAUAAUUGUGAUUUAUAUGGAGGACUUUUAAUCAAGCCGGCCCCAAAAGGUUGGGAAGGCUAAAUGAUUAUGAUGAUUAUGAUCUACUGUUGAUCACUCAUGGGAGAGGAUGUAUUUGGGAAUGUUAGUGGACCAUUGUAAUGUCAUGGGAAAAAACAAAAUGCAUUGAUCGCUUAUGAUAGGUUGAAUGGUAUUGAACUGGAUGAUGAUGAUGUAAAACUAAAAGUAUGUAUUCCCUGAUACAGUAACUGCAAUCUCUCUCUCUCUCUCUCUCUCUCUUUCUCCCCCCUCCCCCUGCCCCCCUCCCACUCUCUCCCUCUCUCCCUCUCUCUCAAUACAUUUUUGAGAUAGACAAAGCCAUAGAAGUAUGUCUAUAAAAAUCAGUGGAUUAUCAGUUUCCUUCUCACCAAAAUGUAUUUCACAAAAUAAGUUUAUCUUCCACAAAGUAGUGGUACAAGAUGUGCUCUACACAUUCAGGUGAUCCAAGGGGAAGGGUUGUCAUGGAAUUGAUGGAUAAGAUAAACAAAGGCUUUAAUUUUUCUUGUGAUUCCACUAAAGGAGAGGAGGAAUUCAAGUGACUGGUUGUUUUCUGUCACCAAGGGAACAUUGAGAAAGAGAGGGUGCAGUAGUUGUCUACAAUCUGAUUGUGGAGACAAAUUAAGAUUGUGCAUGAGAAGAAAGAAUUUGUUACAUUCAAGAAUUCCUAGUCAUUAGGACUCUAAAUAAUUUCUGUUAUUUCCUGUUUAAAUCUUUCUGAUUUCUAGAUAUUCAUGUUAACUAUUUUCUGAUUUGUAGUUGAGUUGAAUUAGUCAACUAGCUGUUAAGAUUAUUCCUAUUUUGUUGGGAACUUCAGUUGUAUUGUGGCCUAUUUAAAAAGGAAGAGAAUAACAACAAGCACGCUUAUCUUUUCCCAGCACUUUGGUGUUUUCAUUGGAGGUUCUGGUUCCCUCGAAGUAAUCAGAGUAUUUUAUCUUGUUUUCAUCUUUUGGGGUUUUCUUUACAAUCCUUCAAAAUAGGUAAAGGAAAUCCCUCCUCAACCAGCCAGUACGUACCAAAGUGGUAUCAGAGCCUGGCUAUGGAUCAAAGAGUGGAGAAGCUAGAAAAGUCCUUGGAGUCACUUUCAACUGGACAGAGGGAAAUCUUCAACCAAAUGAUGGAGAUGUUUGGCAACCUUAGUGCUCGUAUGGACCAGCUGGUGAGUCAAUCCACAAAUGAAGUUGCUGAGAAUUCCAUGCGAAUUCAUGAGGAGCAUUCCAAUAGUGGUGGUGGCUUUCAACAUAAGAAUUCUAUCAGUUUGUUCUUACCCAAAACAGUGAGGUUAGACUUUCCCCACUUCAAUGGAGCAGAAGACCCGACGAGUUGGGUGUGUAGAGCUGAACAAUUCUUUCAAAUUCAUGAGAUACCAAGUGCCGAUCGUGUCUCUCUAGCAUCUUUUCAUCUUGAAGGUGAGGCACAACUUUGGUACCAAUUGCUUAAACAAGAGAUGGGGGUUAUCACUUGGGAACAGUUCAAAGAGGGACUUCAUUCUAGGUAUGGUCCUAAUCAGUUCUUUGAUUUCUUUGGAGAGCUCACUAAAUUAAGGCAAACUGGUACGAUAGCAAAAUAUCAAACAAGCUUUGAGAAGUUGCUUGCUAAAGCUGGGCCUAUGCCACAAAAUAGACAGGUGAGCUGCUUUGUUAGUGGCCUAUGUGAUGCGAUUCGCACUGAUGUGCAGGCUAACAGACCCACCACCUUGUCUUCAGCCAUUGGGUUGGCUCGUUUAUAUGAAGCAAGAGAUCUCUCCCGCCGAAAGGCCACUUCACUUGUUCCGAAGGGUGGUUCUCUUUCUCGCAAUAUAGUUGCGGCACCUUCAUCCUCAAUUCCCAUGAAGAAGAUGACUACUGAAGAGUUAAAUGAGCGAAGGAGAAAAGGGCUUUGUUUCAGAUGCAAUGAAAAGUUUGGCCCCGGGCAUCGCUGCAAGAAGUUGUUCCUGAUUCAAGCAUGUUUGGAAGAUAGUGAUGAAGAUGUAGAAAUGGAAACUGAUAGCUGUGAUGAGCACCCAGUUGAAACACCAGAAAUUUCCUUGCAUGCCAUUGCUGGAACACGGGCACAUGAGACAAUGCGAGUUAAAGGCAGCCUCAGACAUAGGGCAGUUAUUAUGCUUGUGGAUUCAGGAAGCACUCAUAAUUUUGUGAGUGAAAGGGUUGCAAAGGCAGUGGGUUUGCAGCCUAAUUCCAGCGGCCAACUUGCAGUAAUGGUAGCUUCUGGAGAAAGGAUAGCUAGUCCAGGUAAAUGUGCUCAUGUCCCGAUAAAAUUACAAGGAGUUACAAUAUUCAUUGAUUUCUAUUUAUUACCACUUGAAGGCUAUGAUGUUGUUUUAGGGGCUCAGUGGUUGAGCACACUGGGACCCAUUGUGUGGGAUUUCUCUAAGUUGCAGAUGAAAUUUGAUAUGGGAGGGAAAGAAGUGGUCUUACAUGGCUUGUCAAUCCCAGAAAAUAAGGUGGUCAACAACUUCCAAUUGGAACGUGUAGCUAGAAAAAGAAAAGAUGGAGUCCUGUUGCAACUAUAUGCCAUGAGGGGCCCACAGGCACAAUACUUUCAACUUCUACUUCCCACUAACGUGCAGCAACUCUUGGAUAAAUAUAAGGAAGUACUAUCAAAACCAAAGGGUCUUCCUCCCAGGAGAGCACAAGAUCAUAGGAUCCCUCUACAAGUUGGUCAAGGGCAUGUUUCAGUCAAACCAUAUCGAUAUCCUCAUUAUCAGAAAGCUGAGAUAGAGAAGUUGGUAGCUGACAUGCUUAUUGGACUUAUUCGGCCAAGCAACAGUCCUUAUUCUUCUCCAGUCAUCCUAGUGAAAAAACAAGACAGUUCGUGGCGAAUGUGUGUAGACUACAGAGCCUUGAAUCGAAUAACAAUUAGAGAUGAAUAUCCAAUUCCGGUGAUUGAUGAGCUUUUAGAUGAAUUAUAUGGUGCACAGUACUUCUCUAAAUUGGAUCUACGUUCCGGUUAUCAUCAAAUACGGGUACAUCCAGAUGAUAUAGAGAAAACUGCUUUCCGGACUCAUCAAGGCCAUUAUGAAUUUUUGGUGAUGCCUUUUGGCCUCACCAAUGCACCUUCCUCCUUUCAGGCUCUCAUGAAUGAGGGACGUGGAACUGUUGUAACCGGACGUGUCGAACAAGGGACUAUUAAAGCUGGAGAAGAUGUUGAGAUAUUGGGUAUAAUGCAAGGUGGUCCUAUAAAGACCACAGUAACUGGCGUAGAGAUGUUCAAGAAGGUCUUGGACCAUGGACUGGCUGGUGAUAAUGUGGGCUUACUUUUACGUGGCCUGAAGCGUGGAGAUGUACAGCGUGGACAGGUGGUUUGUAAACCUGGUAGUCUGAAGACAUACAAGAGGUUUGAGGCAGAGAUUUAUGUGCUUACGAAGGAUGAAGGUGGUCGCCAUACUGCUUUCUUCUCAAAUUACAGACCUCAGUUCUACAUGAGGACUGCAGAUGUUACUGGGAAAGUUGAAUUACCUGAAAAUGUGAAGAUGGUUAUGCCCGGUGACAAUGUUACAGCAGUUUUUGAAUUGAUAUCACCAGUUCCUCUUGAAGCCGGAUCCGUAUGAUCUUCAGCUUGUGCAUUAUUACUUAAAACAGGACAAAGAUUUGCAUUGCGGGAAGGAGGGAGGACGGUUGGUGCUGGGGUUGUCUCCAAAGUCAUCAGCUGAGAUUUUUCCAGCAUUAUUUUAGUUUGCCCUAUAAGAUAAACUUGUUAAGCACCACUUAAUGAAAUUCCAUGCAGCACCAGGUGCAUGUAGCCAUUGUUUAAUUGUUACUAUUUUUUAUUGCAACACAUUAUACAGAAGUGCUGCAAACACAAUUUUGAUUAGUAUUUCUUGGAGAUUUUUUAGCUACAGAUAAUUCAGCAUAAUUUUUGUUGAUCACAAGGGCAAGGCUUUAUGUUAUGCUUAUAUUUUGUCAAUGAUUCUCGAUCUUUUUCUGAAACUUAUCCAAAUUGUAUGAUGAAUAAAAUUCU